AUGAAGUUGGCAUUUCCACGACUUCAUGUGGAUGCAUCGGCUGUUGCCGGACUUAUUGAGUGGUAUUGCAAUCGACUGGGAAUGAGUGUCAUUAAAGAAAUAAAGAGUGAAAAGGAGCUGAUACACUGGGUUGGUUAUCAGAACGCGUCGCAAUCCGCGGUGGUAGAAUUUCGCUCGUCCCUCAAACAAUCUACACCACCAAAGUACUACAAACCGCAUCCAUCGUCUGAUGUUUACUGGAAGAUAGGAUUAUCACUUGCAGAUGUAGACACUGCUCGUUCAAAGCUUGUACGUCAGGACGUGGAGGUCACUUCUUCAAGACAGUUCCGGGAUAUCGGAUACAUGUGCCACUUAAGCGACCCAUUUGGGUUUUCAUUACAGCUGCUGCAGCAUGAUUUCAAGUCUAAUUUUAGUUCUGAGUGA